AUGAAGCCAAACUGGGAAGACCCCUACGUGAUCAGCCGAUCUAGGGGCAGAGGAAGUUACACCCUUGAUACUUUAGAAGGAAAAGAAAUUUCGAGCACCUUCGGAGAUACUAUCCAUGAAACUCUUCGCUUACCAGCUUGGCUCAUAGCAGGCGAUGAGCCUCCUGUGACGAGCCUUAUCUCCAUUGUAGGCAAGCUAUUUCGCGAGUACAAACUCAAUGGAGUCUCUUUCAAGUGCUAUGUCUCCGGACGUACACUUACAAGAUACAAUGAGAAUUGA